UCUUCCCCCCUUUGCAGGUAAAGUCGCAGUGCGACGGAUCUGCAGCACUCACACUCAGGAGUCAACUGUUGGACUGCUGCUCUGAUACUCUCACUCACUCUCUGUCUGUCUGUGUCACCGGCUGGAUCUCCUUACAACUCUGUGACUCAGCCCGGAGUCUGGAUGUUUACACUUUUCUUACAGUUUUAUGAGUUUGGAAUGCACAUUUCCUGAACUGAGGCUGCUGUAAUGAGAUCCUCUGUCCUUGGAUCAGUUUGGGCUCUUCUCUUGCUGUUGAGGGAGCCUGCAUGUCGGGGAGAUGAGGUGUCCUCCAGCAUAGUGAACCCAUGCUGUUAUUUCCCCUGCCAGCACUGGGGUGUGUGUGUAAGAUACGAUGAGGACAAGUACGAGUGUGACUGUACUCGCACCGGAUACCACGGAGAAAACUGCACCGUCCCUGAGUUUUGGACCAGAGUACGUCUGUUUUUGAAGCCCAGCCCAGAUGUGGUCCAUUACAUACUGACUCAUUUCCACUGGCUCUGGGACAUCAUCAACUACACAUUCCUACGGGACGUUCUCAUGCGGCUAGUCCUAACAGUUAGAGCCAACUUGAUACCCAGCCCUCCAACUUUUAACUCAAAAUACAGCUACCUCAGCUGGGAAUCCUACUAUAAUCUGAGCUACUACACUCGAAUUCUUCCCCCCGUGCCAGUGGACUGCCCCACACCUGUGGGAGUAAAAGGCAAGGCUGGCCUGCCUGACCCUGAGCUGCUAGUUGAGAGGCUGCUCAAGAGGAGAAAGUUUAGACCUGACCCCCAGCGCUCCAACCUCAUGUUCGCCUUCUUUGCUCAGCAUUUCACGCAUCAGUUCUUCAAGACCUACAAUCGAAUGGGUCUUGGCUUCACUAAGGCUCUAGCGCAUGGGGUGGAUGCAGGGCAUGUUUAUGGAGACGAUCUAGAACGUCAGCUCCAGCUCCGGCUUCACAAAGACGGAAAACUCAAGUACCAGUUAAUUGACGGCGAGAUGUACCCUCCCUCUGUAAUUGAUGCACCCGUUAGGAUGAGCUAUCCCCCUGGAACUCCCCCUGAGAAACAGAUUGCUAUCGGUCAGGAAGUGUAUGGACUCCUUCCUGGUUUGGGAAUGUUCGCUACACUGUGGCUCAGGGAACAUAACCGAGUUUGUGACAUCAUGAAGGUUGAGCAUCCCACCUGGGAUGAUGAACAGCUUUUCCAGACCACACGCCUCAUCAUCAUUGGUGAGACAAUAAAAAUUGUAAUAGAGGAGUACGUGCAGCACCUCAGCGGAUACCUGCUGCACCUGAAGUUCGAUCCCACUCUGAUUUUUAACUCCCAAUUCCAGUAUGGAAAUCGUAUCGCUCUGGAAUUCAGCCAGCUUUACCACUGGCACCCCUUGAUGCCUGACAGCUUUUUAAUAAAUGGAGAUGAACUGACAUACCCACAGUUCCUCUUCAACACGUCUGUUCUCACACACUAUGGUAUAGAGAAGCUGGUGGAUGCCUUCUCUCGCCAACCUGCUGGACAGAUUGGUGGUGGACAUAACAUUAAUGCUAUGGUGACCAAAGUGGCUGUGGGUGCCAUAAAGGAGUCCCGCCAGCUCCGCAUGCAGCCCUUCAACGAGUACAGGAAGCGCUUUAACCUUAAGCCGUACACAUCAUUCAAACAAUUCACUGAUAUCGAGGAGAUAGCCAGCGAACUUGAAGAGUUCUAUGGAGACAUUGAUGCUCUUGAAUUUUAUCCUGGUCUGAUGCUGGAGACCACACGACAGGGGUCCAUAUUUGGUGAGAGCAUGGUGGAGAUGGGUGCCCCUUUCUCUCUUAAAGGCCUCCUGGGAAACCCCAUAUGUUCUCCUGAAUACUGGAAGCCCAGCACCUUUGGAGGUAAAGUGGGGUUCGACAUACUGAACUCGGCCACACUGAAGAAGCUGGUAUGUCAAAACACCAGGACGUGUCCCUAUGUGGCGUUUAGCUUACCAACAGAGGAGCAAUCACAAAAAGAAAAGGAGGACACUAAAGUAAGAACUGAUGAGCUAUGACCUUUAACAGACACUAAUGGUUUUUGAAGUUUAAAGAGGCUGCAGAUAAACAAAGAAUUGUUGAAGAUGUUCGUGUGGAGAACAUACAGUCAAGUUUGUGUGAACAGCACCGGAGGAUCUGGAGAAGAAAAAAAAACUAUCUUCAGGAAUACACUUACUCUUUGUCUCGCAUUUGAACAAAUAUAUCUGGGAACGUUAACAUGUCAUUUCUGUUUAACAGUCUGUGCCUGAUAUACCAACCAUCAAAAUACAUGUUCAUGCUGUCAAGUAAUUAAGGUACGCUCUGUCUGUAGAUUUUUUCAAAUAAAUGAUCACAUUAACUUUUCUGUAAAUUAUAGUCCACUCCUUUAAAUGGGAAAGAAUUAAAAUCUUUGUUUUGACAAUU